GACGACAGCUCAUCCAAUAUCCAUGUUCAACACACUCAUGCGCAAAGGACGUGGAUUGUAGACGUGCGAAAAUAUUGCGAAUUUAUCGAAACACAAAUAACUCAGUUUCCAGGAACUCAGUGUUAUCUCAGUGUGCAUUAAAAAGAGUGUUUACUUGUUGUUGAUGUGCUAAAAUACUGGAUUGCGGUGCUUGUGCUGUGGAUCAGUGAGUCUACUUCAACGCGAAAGGAUUUUUUUUGCAUUCAUUCACCGAUUAUUAUGUUUCUUCGAUUACUAAGAAUGCCAAGAGCUAAAUCCUAACGAACGACCACUAAUAUGGGUAGUGCAAAGGUAUCCAACGCGCAACCACAAAUAUCAAUGGCUGAGAACGACAAGAAAACCCUAAAAAAACUGCUCAAAGUCUUCUUCAAAAAGGACAAGAAAAAAGACAAACCCAGCGAAGAUGCAGUCAAAACAGAGAAACAAAGAGACGGGAAUGUUAAUUCUAUCCCUGUCAACACAGUCGCGAACAUUCUAGACAAAAUACAGUACAAACUAGAAGUCAAAAACGAAAAUGAGGAUGAGGAUGAUGAAUUAAACAAUUUUUCGUUCAAAACAGUUCAAGAGGAAGCCAGGAAUGACAGAAUUGACUCACAAUCGUCAGAAGACAGUGGCUUUGCUGAGAAAUACGUAGAAGAAGUGCCAUCAGAUGAUGAUUGUAAAGAAAAAGACGAUGACGUCAUCCUAUCGCUGAAAAAACUUAACUUGGACGACAAAAAUACAGACAAAGACGAUGGAAUCGUCGACGCGUUCAACAAUUUGGAUAUCAACAACGAAAAAUGUCCUUUAUCGGUUAAAAACGACGGUGAUGACGAAACUGUUGACAAAUCUGAAGCUUCCAAUAAAAAUGAGGAUGUUGAAAACCAGAAAUGUACUAAAGAGAAGCGGAAACAUAAAGUACUGUUGUGCAGAAAACCUAUAAAGACUAAAGUUGGGGAGCCUAGGAAUGCGUGUCCAUAUUAUGUACAGCAGUCAGAUCCUUGUAGACAGAUCCAAAUCAACAAGCACACGCUAACCGGUGGCCAAGUCAUCGUGAAUCAGACCAGACACAACGACUCCAUCGAGUUCGACAACGCCUUGAUCCAAGUCCAGCAAUCCUCACAGAACUCCCAGCACGAAUAUGGCGACGAAUGGAUCAACAUCGUCUCCGACGUCAUCGAAAACGACAUGAAGAAGGUCUCGCAAACGAAAGAGACAGACGAAGAUCUGCUCUCCUGCUUCUUCCAAUCCCAGCAGUUGCCAGAACCGGUAGAUGUGAACGUCAUGACGCCCCCUCAUCAAGAGCAAUCGCCUCCAAACCCAAUCGAGGAGUUCUCGAACCAUCUCAAUUACGAACUCUUUGGAGAGCUGGACUUCACUACACUGCUGCCCUCAGAAAUGCCUCAGCCUAAAGCCCAGCAGUUUCUCUUCCCGACUCCACCUCACUCAGAAAACGCAGCCAGUCCCAUGUCGGAUUCCCAAGGGUCUUUUAGGACUUCUGAGUACACCUAUUCCCCUGAUCGGUCAGUCAUUUUCUCCCCUGAAAGGUCAUCCCCCAUUUGCAACAGUGAUUACGAGAAAUUCCAAGACAUUUCGAACUUCGACGACUCUCCCAUUCAAGAUGAGGUGGUUAGAGGAAGAGAGCGUACAAAUUCUCUUUCUAUGACGAUGAAGCAGUACAAGGAUUUGCAGAAGGAGCUCUCUCAGUCUUUCUCGAAGAAAGAUUGCUGUCAAAUGACUCUGAAGCCGUGUAAAGCGCUGUUUCAAGAGCAUUUGCAGAAAUUGAAGACUGAUGAGAGAAAGAAUUUAUGCCUCAAAGUCGCUAAGAUGGAGCUGAAACAUGCCUAUGGAGUGCUGCAGCACGUCCUGAUCAGACUGAGCCAGCCGUGCUCGCAGGAGGCGCUCCUGCACGCCCUUUUCUGUUUGCUCGGCGAGCGGGUGCUGUCGCAGGAGCCCGACUGGUUCCAAGACGACUUUGGGUUGAACCUUCUAAAAUCCGCCGUGCUGAGGUGCCCGCAGCGCCCGCUUCUGACGCGAUACCUCGUGCAGUGCGUCCGCACAGCUGUGCGCGUCAACCCCGCGCUUACUGAGGGAAAGGACUCUGUCUUCCACGAGGUGGACGCGCAAGGCGACACCCUGGUGACGGCCUGCGCGCGUCGUGGCGACUCUUGCGCCGACGCAUUGGCCGAGCUCGUACGACGCGACGACGCGACGCUGCUGCCGCUGUUCAGGAUACACCACGUCAAUGCCGACGGGUCUUCGGCUUUGCACGUGGCGUGCAGCGAGCACAGCGCGUCGCGCCCGCGUCUACACAUCGCGCACGUGCUACUAGAGCACGCUGGAGCCGACUUAUGGCAAGGGGACUCAAAAGCGGGUGACACCCCGGUUCACAUGGCGGUCAACUCCAAGGACUGCGACUUAAAGCUCAUCAUGGUUCUGUUCAAGCACGUCGACAGAAAGGUCUGGAAGAAACUGGCGCACACACCUAACAUGUGUUCGACGACGCCUCUCGAGUAUGCGCGAUCAGCAACCAAAUCUCAAGUAAGAGACGGAUAUCCAACUGAAGUGCUGGAGUUUCUCAAGAAGUGCCGUUAAAUUGAAGAAUUCAUCAAUGAAAAGCACACCAACGUGUCAAUCAUAUGUCUAAAAAAGUAAAAAAGGUAUUUUGUAGCUGUAACACUGAAGUGUCCCAAAGAAGACAGUGACAGGACGCUACUAUCAAUACAUAUUAAAACUUUUCAAGUUUUGUCGACUACUGUAAGAUUUUAAAACUCUUUUUCAAUGUACAAUUCUAGAACACUAUUUCGAGGUACAAUAAUUGUAGUUUUUAAUUCGAGACAAAACUGGUGUUACAAAUGAAAUGGUGAUAAAAAAUAUUGUGCAUUCGAACACGCACAGAGUGUCGAGCGAUUUGUCGCAUGGAUAACUUGCUUUGGACCCGAGGGUGUCUUAAAAACUGCCUUUAAGGAAACUCAAAAACAGCCAACAAAAGCAAAUAAGACACAGGAACAUACAACUCCAUUUGUAAUCAAUCUGUCUCGAAUUAUAAAGUUGAUGCAAGAAACAUACAUGAUACCUACAUUCAUUUUAGAACCAUCCACAAAUAGUUUUGUCUUUAUUAACUAACACGAAAAAGAGUUUUAAAUAAGCUUGUAGACUGAUACCACAAAAUUAACACGAUUCACAGGUUUUAGUGACCUUCAGAUAAAAACGAAAUUAACACAUUAUAAGAAGUAAAUUAAAAGUACACGAUUUAAAACUGCAUAAAUCAAUACUGGAAAGUACAUUGAUUUUUCUCAUCAAAUUGUACAUAAAUUUUGUUGUAUUACAUUUAGCUAUCGGUGCGAAUUCGUCAGAAAAAUUAACACUUUUCAUGCGAUUUCUACAGACAAUUUUAGUACGAAUUCGCACUGUCUUAAUAAAUAUAAUGCAUGGUCCAAUGACAAUUAUUUUUAAUACUAACACGUAUUUUUAGAGCACUAAAGUACAUAUUUGUAGGCUCCGUUUUCAAAUCAGACAAAGGAUAAAUUUUGACUACGCACUGUAAAAUAAAUUAUUUUUUAUAUAAAAAAUAUGCCUUUUUUACUGUAUGGGGACGAAUAAAUCGUUAGAUUUUUUUAAAUAAAAUGGAAAAAAAUCUUAGGCUAGAUUGCAUCAUCUUACUUUAACUUUAACAAACGUCAAGUCUAUCCAACUCCAUUCAAAAAACACCGGUUAAGGUUUUAGUCACGGUUAAAUGAAGGUGGUGCACCUCAGCCUUAGUUUUCUUGAAAAAGCAAUCAUUUUGUGUUGUAAAUAUAUUUUUCUAAUCACUUUACUAACAAUUUGAGUCUUUCAUAGACAAAAUUAUAAAAUAAUUAAGGAAAGGUUGUUGCUAGAAUAAGUUGAUAUGUAUUACGAAUAUAAAACGUUUCUUAACAGAUGUUAGUGCCUUAUAAAUUGAGAUUAAAAAAAAAUUCAUAGCUGUUAAGAUUUUUCAGAUCCAUAUAUUACGAGUAAAAGUAUGUCAUCACCCCGUUGUUUUGUUCCGAUCUUAAGAACUGAAUUACUAUGUAUGUAUCUAUGGUAUGAAUUUCACGUUUAUAAUAGACCUUUAAAACUUUAAUAAUUUUUUUCCUUAAAUCGCUCGGAACAAUAGGGUGAUUUCAUAUUAUUUUUGCUCGCGAGUCUUUAUUCAAUUAUGAACUUUAUUAAUUUCGAAUUAUUUGUAUUCGUAUGUAGGCGUUGUGUUAUGUAUGUAAAUUUUGAUUCAAUUAUAAACUCGUGUGUACGUUUAUAAUUUAGUAAGCCAUGUCAAUCAUGAUUUUAGAAUUUAGAUGAACUGUAUAAAAUGACAGUUUAUUUAUACAUUUAUGUAUAAAAGGUGAUAUUUAAUCAGCCUUACGUAAAAUAGUACGAAGCAUAGUUCGCGCUAAUAAACUUGCAAUCAUGCAAAACGUAAAAAGAAGAAAUAUAAAUUUGUCUAUGCCUUAUGUAUGAUGUGCCUAUCUUUAGGCAAAAAAUUUACUGUAUUUGUUUCAAUUGUUUUUUCUUAUUGAUAUAAAAACAAUUUUUAAAAAUAUUGGCGCGAAUAUAGGUCCCGGAUAUUUUAAAGUUAAAAUAUCCAGAAAUAAUAUUAGAUCACAUUGUUUGAAAUGAAAAAUUAUGAAAACUCCUUGAAUAUCGAUUCAUCCAGGAGUCGAAAUGCAUUAACAUAACAUAGUGUAUGUUUUUCUUAUUUAGGAUGUAUUUUUUUCAUUUUAUUCACUUUCAUCACACGAUUUUUUUGGUUUAGUUUUGAUCUCUGCAUUUAUAACGAUCUGAACCGCGUGUUUUUAGUUUUAUUUAAAAUUCGACCGACAUGCCCACCAUUUUAAAAUUCGUUACCUGUUUGAUCAAAAAAUUACGUCAAAAAAUAUAUUUGAUCAAGUCUUGUAAAUAGGCAUCAUUAUUUUAAGUCAUUAAUGUAAGUAUUGAUUAAUGAAUUAAUAAUUAAGUUUUUGAAAUAUAUUUUUGGAUUGAAGAUAUUGUCGGAGGUUGAUAUUGCUUGAAUUUUGAAAGAACAAAAAUGUUGUGAUUUAAUUUUUCAAUAAAUGGUGCUAUGUAAUGAUUGUUAUGAAAAGAUUUACAAAUAGUUGGCUAGAAUUAAGUUUUGAUAUAGAUUUAACAUGAACUCGAGUUUAUGUAUACGUAUUUUGAAAACCAACAUUUAAAAUAGUCAAAAUCGCAUAAUUAUGUGAAGUUGUGAAGUAACUUUUGUCGAUGAUAUACCUACGUAAAUGCAUAAUAAAUAUAAAUGUAUAACUUCUUAAACUUGAGAUUUUGUAGCUUCGAUCAAAUACGAAAAUAAAAACGUAAUUAUUAUGAAUUUAAGAACUUUAUCAGUAAUUUGUAA